AUGGCCUACUUGGCGACAUCGACCUAUCUAGCCUUGUCGCUAGUUGCUCUAGAUAGUAUACCUGCCAUCCGGAGUAUCGCCCACCGUGUUGCGCGCAAAUCCCGUGAUUAUGAGGCCAUCCAACUAGCCAAAGAUGUCUACCGCGACGAAGAUGGCGAAGCGACCGAGGAAUCCCUCCGAGCAUUCUCUGAUAAAUGGCAAAGAAUCGCCAUCGCCCUUCUCUCCGUCGCCGGGUUUCUGGUGACUCUCGCAUUGGCUGUUCUUGCGACAUUGAAGCUCGCCAUUACCAAUUCCACGCCAUUGAUAUGGCUGCAGUUCGGAGUGUGGAUUCUGCUCGCUAUUCAAGCUGUUGCUUUCUUCACCGAGCCCCGACCGACAAGCCGAUAUGUUCUCGGCCAUUUCGCUUUCUGGGGGAGUAUCAUUGCCAUUGCAGUUCCAGGAAUUGAACUGGGCAUCUUGGUAUUCUCCCAACUCGGCCUUUCCCAUGGGCAAGUUUGGGUCGGGCUGCAAUUGGCUCAAAUUGCCACCGCUGCUCUUCGCGCCGUAUUCUGUGUUCUGAUACCGCGUCGUCCAGAUGUUUACUAUGAAGAUGAGCUGGUUGAGCGUGAGCUUUCAGUCUCGCUCCUCAGCCGCUUCACUUUCAGCUGGGCCAAUGGAUUGCUAAACUACGCGGUGAAACACAAGACCAUGGAACUCGAGGAUAUUCCCAGGCUUGUAGCAUCGAAACGGGCUGAUUAUCUCCGUGAGAAAUUCGAAAUUGCUAGACAGAACCGCAAAUUGUGGAUAGCGAUUGUCGUUGCGCAUUUGGGGCCACUGAUCGCCCAAACAAUUCUUAGUAUAGGAAUUUGCUUCCUAAGCUUCGGACCGCAGGUCGCCCUGUUUCAGAUUCUGAAAACACUCGAACUGCGCGGUACCCCCGAUUGGAAUGUCGGAGCAUCGUAUAUCUGGGUCCUGGCCCUGGGUGGGUUGUUGUUCCUUGCCUCCAGCGUGGAGGCAUGGCUGUUCUGGGUGGUCUACUCUAAACUCGGAGUUCCGAUCUUCGCAGAGCUGUCAGCGGUUAUAUUUGCCAAAGCCAUGCGUCGGAAGGAUGUGAAGUAUACAAAGAAGUCCAACACACCAGAUGAAUCCGAUAAUGCCAGCAAAGGAUCCGCGGACGCCGACGAUGACGAGGAUGCGUUGAAGAAAAGCCGCCAGAGUAUUAUCAACCAUGUGGCCGUGGAUGCUCGGCGCGUUUCCGACUUUGCCUCUUUCAAUUACAUUAUCCCACAGGCGAUCUUCAGAAUCAUUAUCGGUGCCGCCUUCCUGGUCCAAAUUCUCGGCUGGCGCAGUGCCUUUGCCGGUCUUUCAGUCUCUCUUCUUGUGACACCACUGAAUAUAUACGCGGCUAAAAAAUAUUCGACUGCCCAGGACCGAUUGAUGAAAUUCCGUGACCAGAAGCUGGCGAUCGUUACUGAAGUGUUGCAGGGAAUCAGGCAGAUCAAAUUCUCGGCUUUGGAGGAGCAAUGGCAGAAGCGUGUCCGGGAGACGCGAGAAACCGAACUGGGCGCAUUGUGGGCUUCGUUCGUUGCUGAUAUUGGCCUGCUUGCAAUUUGGGUUCUCGGUCCUGUCGGCUUAUCCGCCGUUUCGUUGACUACAUACGCCAUUCUUAAUGGUUCUCUGUCACCUUCUGUGGCCUUCACGGCUAUGGCAAUCUUCAAUUCUCUCGAGGCGUCGCUCGCUAUUAUACCAGAACUCAUGUCGAUGGGUCUGGAGGCGAAGGUUAGCUCGGAACGUAUCGACAAAUUUUUGGCUACCUCCGAAAAUGUUGUCAAUACUGUCCCUGCUGAAUACAUCGCUUUCGAGGACGCCUCUGUUGCAUGGCCUGCGGAGGAGGAAGAUAUCCAAGAUUCUGAGGAUCGUUUCGUUCUGCGCGACAUGACCUUGAAAUUCCCCACGAAGAGUCUAAGCGUGGUAUCGGGUAGAACUGGCUCUGGAAAGAGUCUGCUUCUCUCGUCUAUCCUGGGUGAAUGUGAUGUCCUCGCCGGGACGAUCAAGGUACCCGUUCCGCCUCUAAUUACAGACCGAUUUGAUCACGUUGCGACAAAGGCAAAUUGGGUCAUCGACUCAGCCAUUGCCUAUGUUGCGCAGAUGCCAUGGAUCGAAAAUGCUACGAUCAAAGCGAACGUUCUCUUCGGACUCCCGGACGACGCAGAGCGCUACCAACAGGUCAUCUUUGCUUGCGCUUUGGAAAAAGAUUUCCAGAUGCUGCCAGACGGCGAUAAGACUGAUAUUGGUGCGAAUGGUGUCAACCUGAGCGGUGGCCAACGCUGGCGUAUCUCCUUUGCCCGCGCAUUGUACUCCAGGGCUGGCAUACUUAUCAUGGAUGACAUCUUCAGCGCUCUCGAUGCCCACACAGGUCGACAUGUCUUUGAGAAGGCUCUUACCGGGCCACUCGGUCAGAACCGAACUCGCAUUUUGGUCACUCACCAUGUUGCACUGUGUCUUCCUCGCACGGACUACUCCGUGCUGUUGGAGAAUGGUCGUAUCAAAUAUGCAGGUACCAUCGAUGACCUGAAGGAAUCACAUCAUCUAGAGGAUAUCCUUCGCGAGGAACAAGCCGCAGAACAAGCGGAUAUUGUAGCAGAUGGAGAAGACCGUGAAUUCCUCAAUGACGAGGAGACAACUCUCCAAAAGGUGAUAUCGAAUACAUCCCACCAAAAACCGAGCACGGCUGGAAAUGGUCAAGCUUCCAACGGAAAUGGAAUUGCUACUGCACAGACGUCUACGCCGAAGAAGUUCGUUGAAGACGAGAAACGAGAAACCGGUUCUGUGCGGCUAGCAGUUUACCUUGCGUUCUUGAAUAAAGGUGGCUCCGUGGUCUAUUGGUUGGUGACGCUCGCGGUCUAUUUAAUGUUUUCGUCCCUCUUGGUUGGACGGUCUUGGUGGAUCAAUAUCUGGACGCGUUCAUCCUCCAAUACUCAGGUCCAUCCCGAGCAAUACAGUGUCCUAUUGCAGCAUGCCAUGCAACCGACUGCACCGGUCCGACAAGAUGACGACCUCUUCAUGUACCUCGGAAUCUAUGUCGCUAUUUCGAUCAGUGCCUGUAUAAUAGGGACAGUCCGUUAUUACUGCAUUCUUUCGGCGUCAGUCCGGGCCUCGAGGAACCUGUUCAAUGGCUUGAUUUAUACUAUCCUUCGCGCACCACUCCGGUGGCUGGAUACUGUCCCAUUGGGGCGAAUUCUCAACCGCUUCACAGCCGACUUCCAUUCAAUCGAUUCACGAAUCGGAUACGACAUUGGGUUCUUCGUGAGCAAGGUACUAGAUGUCUUUGCAAUCAUGGUUGCGGGCAUGCUUGUUGACUGGACGGUGAUCUUGCUCGGCGCGGUCUUGUUGCUCAUCUGUCUCAAACUGGCCACAUCCUAUUUGGCAGGUGCUCGUCAAAUCAAACGUCUCGAGAGCACCGCGAAAAGCCCUGUGUUUGAGCAGUUUGGAUCUAGUCUCGCUGGUCUGAUCACCAUUCGUGCCUUCAGCAAACCGGACACCUACGUCGGAAUCAUGUACAACAAGAUCAAUCGCCAUGCGCAAGCAUGGUGGACCUUGUGGCUGUUCAACCGCUGGCUCGCGUUCCGCAUGAGUAUCGUCGGCGCCAUCUUCUCAACAGUCACUGCUGGGCUCGUGGUCUAUCUGCCUGGUAUCAGCGCUUCACUUGCGGGUUUCGCUCUCAGCUUUGCGUUGCAGUAUAACGCUGCGAUCACGAUGGCACUGCGGCAAUACGCUAACAUUGAAUUGAAUAUGAACGCCACAGAGCGCGUCAUCGAGUAUUCCAACAUCGAGAUGGAGAACCAAGGAGGAGACGAUGCACCUGCGGCUUGGCCUACAGAGGGCCAUCUCGAAGUCCACGAUCUUGUGGUGGGCUACGCACCCGAUCUCCCACCGGUAUUGAACGGACUCAGCUUCUCAGUGGAGAAGAACCAGCGCGUAGGCGUCGUCGGACGCACAGGAGCAGGCAAGUCCUCUUUGACGCUUGCACUGUUCCGAUUCCUGGAAGCACGCUCUGGCCAGAUCUUCAUCGACGGACUCGAUGUCUCCAAGAUCAAACUGCACGACCUCCGCAGCCGACUUGCAAUCAUCCCGCAAGACCCAGUGCUCUUCUCCGGCACGGUGCGAUCGAAUCUAGACCCGUUCGAUGAAUACAGCGACACAGAGCUCUACGAUGCGCUAGCACGCGUGCACCUCAUCUCCGAGGCCGACGACGACGAGCUGACCCUCACAUCGCGGACUGCCACGCCCCGCCAGCCCGGCGGAACGGGUGCCACCACACCAUCGACGGUCCAGAAAACCAACUCUAACGCUUUCACCUCUCUCUCUUCGACUAUCUCCGAGGGAGGCCUCAACCUCUCCCAGGGUCAGCGCCAGCUCCUGUGUCUUGCCCGUGCCAUCGUCGCGCGGCCCAAGAUUAUGGUUCUAGACGAGGCGACCUCGGCUGUCGAUAUGGAGACCGAUGCGUUGAUCCAGACGUCUAUCCGUGCGGAAUUCGGCCGCAAUGCUACCACCCUCUUGGUCAUUGCACACCGGCUUAGCACUAUUGCGGACUUCGAUCGCAUUCUUGUUAUGGAUGCUGGUAAGGCGGCUGAGUUUGGCACCCCUAGGGAUCUUAUGGGGAUUGAGGGGGGUGUUUUCAAGAAUCUUGUUGAGAAUAGUGGGGAGAAGGAGGUGUUGGAGAAAAUGAUCUUUGCGUGA